AUGGCUUCUAUAAGUCAGUCGGAAGGCUCAUCCCAGCCAACCGAAGAGCAUUGUGCGGGAAGACUAUUUCAAGUGAAAGAGCAAACCCAUGACUCUUCCAAUUCGAAUCAAGAGCAACCAGUGACCAAUUCCACACCAAUCCAAGAGCAAUUCAUUGCUUCAUCUUCUCCAGGCAAAGACCUUUUUACUCGCACCUCCCUUCUCAAACCACAAGGGUCUACUUUUACGACCAUCGCGCCCGAGCUCCGUCUCAUAGUCUACAAACACCUUUUCCAAACUCCAGCCACGUACCUUCUCCGCCGCCGAGCCGGUAUCGAUGACGACAAGGUGAUCAAGAGGCUUACACACACGUUCGACAGCAGCAUUUUGUUCACCUGCCGAGCAGUUUACCAGGAAGCACUUCCUAUCUUCUAUGCCAGCCAGACCUUCCAUUGUUCAUCGACUACUGGAGGGCUCUCUAAGAUCAAAAUUUCCAAUCCUGAGUUUCCGGCGGACAGCGACACGCCUGUACGGGACGGGGCCAUGCCUCCUUUCAGCGACAACUUACAUCUCAUGGUGAAUCUGAGCAUGGAUUUGGAGGUAGUUAGCUCUGGAAAUACCGACGCGGUGCUUUCCAAACAAAUCACGGCAUUUGCGCGGCAUUGCCCGCGGCUUCGCACCCUCAUUAUCCACCUUUUGACCGGCAAUGGGCGCAUCCAGGACUUCCCAGCCGACAGUGCCACAGCGAGUGUGCUCCGUCAACUGCGACCGCGCUUGGACAACCUCAGCAUUCUCGUCCUUGCUUCUCGUCCGCAUGAAGAUCUACCUAAUCUGAGGCUUAGCAUUGCUGACAACAAGUAUUGGUCCGGCAAAUGUUGGUCCGGCAGAUGUUGGUCCGACCAGUGUUGGCGGAGCCAGCCUCUUCUCAACGUCAAUCCUAGCACAUUGCAGUGGCCGUAUCUGACCCUUCCUUCGUUGAUUCAAGGCCAUGUUGGCAGGGAAUGUUCAAGGACUUCCAACAUCGCCUCCUACUCUUUCGUCUCGCCUCAGCUACAGGACGAUUACAUCUACAAGUGGACUUGUCAGAAAGAGGUUGAGGAGGAUGUUGGCGUCGAUUCCCUACCCUUUUCGACUUUGGUUGGAGCUCGAGAAGCAGCGGCAACGACAGGGUGGGUGGUGGAAGACCCAGUGGAUAGGCAAAGUGACUUGAUAGAAGAAGAGAUAGGAGCGUUCUAUUGGCAUGAUCUCGGCUUGUGUGCGUGA